UUAUAGCGCAGACUUUCAAUCGAACGAGUCGCAACGAGAGACAUAUGUAUAAAAUUUAAGAAAAAUGACACCAGCUUACGAAAACUCGGAAAAAUUACCUCCGACUCAAAUAAUGUACGCAAUACCGGAGAAAUUACCCCCAAUUCAAUAUGCGAACCAGAAUCAGUCAGCUUAUAUAGCCACAGCUCCUCCAAAUCCACCACAAACCACCUAUGUGACGGUGAUCAACAAUUCAAUGCCACGAAGAACACGCUGGCAACAACGUAGGAGUAAUACCAUUGUGUCAGCCAUGUUUGUGUUUAUAUAUGGCGGAAUGGACAUGGCUCAGGGUCUAGGCUGGAACAUUGAACCAGCCACAUAUGAAUUCCAAUACAGUUGGUUUGUUGGCGUCAUCAUUGGAGCUGUCUUAGCAGCUCUGUCUGUGACUCAUGUGCCCAAGUGGGUUUUCUAUUCCUUAGGAGCAUUGCUGCAGUUGAUCGAUGGAAUUCUAUUCACAAGUGCAGCGAGCAACUACAAUGCAAUUUUAGCAGCUCGCUAUAUAGGAGGAACGGGCAUUGGACUCUAUACAGUGUCCUACAUAAUACACAACUCGGAAAUUACCACCAGCAAAAAUCGUGGCAUAUUUUCUGGCAUUGAACAGUACGCUUUAGCUCUGGGAAUUGCACUGCAGGUGAUCUUUACUGAAGAGUGGAGUCUGAAUUUGAAUUCCGGACUCAAUUUGGCACAUGGCAUUUGUGGUAUUGUAUUUUCCCUUCUUGCAAUGGGCUUUGUUGCUUUUACAGGCGAGUCGCCAAUUUUCCAUUUGCGCAAGAAUAAUGAGGAAAAGGCACGAUCUUGCCAAUUGUGUUAUGUAAACAUCUCGGCGCCUGCGAAUGCUUUCAAUGGGGUCUUUGAUGAGGCCAAGCGCUAUGUGGCUGAAGGUAACAGCAUGAGCAUUGGCGCAGAACUUUCAUCCUCCGCAAUGCCCUUCAUCAAGAUGCUCUUCUGUCGCUGCCUCGUGGCCUUCACCUUCUCGGUGCCCCUCAGCAUGGCAAUUUUAGAGAGCACCAUGAUAUUAGAGAGCUAUCUGGACUGGACGGUUAUUGUGUGGGGUAUUCUACGUUGGAUUGGCGCAUGCAUUACUCUCGCCAUUGUGGACAGAGUGGGUCGCAAGUUCACCUCGGUGUUGGGACUACUCUGCAUGGCGGCUCUGAUGCUGGCCAUGGCUGGAAUCUUUGCAAACGGAUAUAAUCAGAUUAAUGUGUAUUACAUGACCCAGGUCUAUCGCAUAUCGAUAGCAUUCCAGUUCUUUGCCGGCAUAUACGUUCCCUGCACUUCAAUCUAUCUGGGAGAAGCGUUUCCGAUGCGUGUCAAACCCUAUCUUAUUGGCCUAAUUAUAUGCAUCCAGCAGGCGAUCCACAUCAUUGUGAUUUUCUAUCAACCCCUAUACUUAUACUUUUUGGCUGUGGGCAUUAUCCUAGUGAUCAGCAUGCUACUCUUUGUCGUACUAAUGCCGGAAACUCGAGGCCUGACGCUCCGACAGGCUGGCCAUCGUUUCCGUCGAGUACAUGAUGUCACGGCCUACUAAGCAGAAGCUUACUUCAAAUUAUAAAAACUGGUAAUACAAUAAAAUACAUCUAUUAAACUUGUCGUUGUUUAUCUCCACGACUUCUACAAGCUGCAGGCACAUUGCUCAUAC